CACACACACUCCUCCAGAACGAACACACACCAGACGUCUGUUGGCGCGUUGGAGAGUACACAGCUCGCAGUGCAGAGCAGCCACUUCCUUCGUCUACAACUAAGUAACCAGCAGAGGUCAUCGAUCGCGAUCGACCAUGGCGUUGGUGAGGGAGCACGGUGGGUACUACGGAGGCUUCGACAGCGUCGAGGCGGCGGCCUUCGACACGCUCGGCUACGGCCACGGCGCGUCGCUGGGCUUUGACGCGUCGUCGGCGCUGUUCGGGGAAGGCGGUUAUGCGGCGGGCGGCGGGGACGCCUGGGCGGGCGCGGGGGCGUCGACCGUCCUGGCGUUCAACCGCACAACGGCAGCGGCGGCCGUGGGUGUGGAAGAGGAGGAGGAGGAGUGCGACGCGUGGAUCGACGCUAUGGACGAGGACGACCAGAGCUCCGGCCCCGCCGCGGCGGCGCCAGAGGCGCGCCACGCGCUGACGGCCUCCGUGGGUUUCGACGCCUCCACGGGGUGCUUCACCCUGACGGAGAGGGCGUCGUCGUCGUCAGGCGGAGCGGGGCGCCCGUUCGGCCUGCUGUUCCCGAGCACGUCGUCGUCGGGCGGCACGCCCGAGCGCACGGCGCCGGUGCGCGUCCCGCAGAAACGGACCUACCUGAGUGCCGAGCCGCAGGCUGUGAGCCCCAACAAGAAGCACUGCGGCGCGGGCAGGAAGGCGAGCAAGGCCAAGCUCGCGUCCACAGCCCCAACCAAAGAUCCCCAGAGCCUCGCGGCCAAGAACCGGCGCGAGCGGAUCAGCGAGCGGCUGCGGGCGCUGCAGGAGCUGGUGCCCAACGGCACCAAGGUCGACCUGGUCACCAUGCUCGAGAAGGCCAUCAGCUACGUUAAGUUCCUCCAGUUGCAAGUCAAGGUUCUGGCAACAGACGAAUUCUGGCCGGCACAGGGAGGGAAGGCGCCGGAGAUCUCCCAGGUGAGGGAGGCGCUCGACGCCAUCUUGUCGUCGGCGUCGCAGUCUCAGAGGGGGCAGCUGAAUUAGCUAGCAGAGAACACAACGCUCUGGAUCGAACGCUUAAUGAUCCGAAAGAAAGAAUAACGAACCACCUCGUUCGAAGAUAAAUAAGGAGGCAAAUCAAUAUAUUAGUGCUACUAGCUUCGAUCUUCUCUUCCCAACUGAUCAUAGCUUUGUACUACCUAUUUUUAGGGAAAACAUAUAUAAUGCCAGCAUGUGAAGUUCAUGUGUACAAGAGGUGCUAAACAUUCAGUGAAUCAUACCUUUGUGUUCUCUCCUUUUAA